UAUAUAAAGCGUCGACGUCGACGUCGCCGCAUCAGCCUCGUUUCCCUCACCAUGAAGCUGGCACUGGCGAUAUUACUGUGUGUGGGCGCUGCCCUAAGGGUGGGGGCGCAGGAUGGCUCCUAUAUGCUGGAUUCACGAGGCGUGGAGGUGGAGCAGGGACUCCAGCCUUCCCCACAACUCUUCCAGAACCACCAGGCCUUCUCCCAAGCCUUCAAAGAGCGCUCCGAAGAGAUGGCCCUGCAGUACAGUCUUGGCCAAGUCGAGUACAAUGAUCCUAAUCCAGAGUACGCUUGGGCGUACGAGGUCGACGCCAGAUCGACCGGGGACAUGAAGUCUGCCCGAGAGGAACGUCGAGGUGACGUGGUCGUGGGUCAGUACUCGGUCAUGGACCCCGACGGCUCUCUGCGCGUGGUCGACUACUCGGUGGCUCCCGGCACAGGCUUCCAGGCCACCGUCCGCAAGGAGUACGCAGGCGAGGCUUUCCAGGGGCAGGAGCAGAGGCUGCAGGCUCAGGCCAGGCAGUACAGUGCUAUCCAACAGGGAACCGACUACCAACAGAACCGUGGGCAAUACUCACAGAACCGCAACCAGUACCAGGAAAACCGUGGCCAGUACUCACAGAACUACAAUGACUACCAACAGAACCGUGGGCAAUACUCACAGAACAGCAACCAGUACCAACAGAACCGCAACCAGUACCAGUACUCACAAAGCCGCAACCAGAACCUGGAAAAUAGACAAUAUUCUCAGAACCGCAAUCAGGAACCGCAAUCAGUAUCAACAGAACUCAGGAACAGAACCGCAUAUCAACAGAACCGCAAUCAGUAUCAACAGAACCGCAAUCAUACCGAUUACCAGCAGAACCGCUAUCAGAACCAGCAGAACAAUGAGUACCAGCUAAACCCCAUUCUUUAUUCUCAGAACCUCAACGAGUACCAACAGGACCGAUAUCAGAAUCAGCAGAACCGUUACCAAUUUUCACAGAACCGAAACCAGUAUCAGAAGAACGGCAAUCAAUACUCCCAGAAUUUGAAUGCAUACCAGAACCGCAACCAGUACCAGCAGAACCGUAACCAAUACCAACAGAACCGCGAGCAGAACCGCAACCAAUACCAGCAGAACCGCGAUCUAUCCUACCAGUACCAGCAGAAUCGCGACCAAAGCCUUUCCACCCGCAACAACAACCUCAGGUACAACUUCCAGCGUUAUGGAACCAACCGCUUCAAUCAGAACCUGAACCGCCCAUCGCCAAGCCUCUACAGCCAAAACCAAAACUACCUUCUGGCUCGCUAUGGAUCCGGUUCUCAGAACCAGUACACCAACCAGUACAACCGCGUCUACAACCAGUACAACAGCCAACAGAACAGGAACCAGCAGAACCAAGGUUACUCUCCCAUCAGCGUGGUUCUCGCAUCCUCAAGGAACUAA